AAGCUCGUCAAAAUGAAUAAAUAAUGAAAUAGAAGACAUCAACACGCACUCCUUGAUAACAAGAUUUCCUGUCAGCCUCUCGUAAGACAACAGCUUUAACAUUGGAAGUACUUUGGAAUGAAAACACAUUAAAUAUUUACAAUGGCAUGAUGAGUACAAGCAAUCAUUAAACACCCUCAUCAUUGAUAAACCAUAAAAAAGUUCUAGUCAAUUUCCCUAUUGGAGCAAGAGAAAAAAUAGAAAAAGAUAAAAAUGCCUGUUGCUGAAACAAGACUAGAAACACUGCAGGUGUGCAAACUAUUACAAUGUGUUCGUGAAAAGGACAUGAGUCAAAUAGAAAAACUCACAAAUCAUGGAGUCCCACAUUUGAUUAAUUACAAUGAUGCUAAUGAAGGAUUCACAGCCCUUGGGGUGGCUGCAGCGGCUAAUGAUGAUGAAAUGAUAAAGUUUUUAAUUGGGCUUGGAGCCCAUCCUGAUGCUGUGGAUUUGAAGGGCAGGUCCCCAUCAAUGAGAGCAGCGGAAUAUGGCCAUGUGCAGUGUCUGGAAAAAUUGGUGGAGGCUGGUGCUAAGAUGGAUAUCAAAGAUUUGGAAGGCAAAGGUAUCCUAUUUUACUGCAUCUCUCCUACGGAACGACAUGCUAAGUGUCUGGAAAUAGCUGUGGAAAAUGGAGCAGACCCUAACAACAUAUCAGCCGAGGGCAUUCCUGUACUUCUCUAUGCAUGUGAAACAGCUACGGACAAUGAGGAAGCCUGCAUUCAACUCUUAGAGAAAGGUGCCAAUCCAAAUGGAAAACAGGAGAAAACUGGGAAGACGUGUCUAAUGGCUGCUGCAGCCAGUGGAAGUGUCAAAGUUGUUCGUGCCAUCCUGGAGCGUGGAGCAGAUGUAAAUGCUUUAGAUAUAAAGCAUAAUCAUGCUGCCCACUAUGCUGCCAUUGGAGGCAGUCUACCAGUUUUGGCCUGUAUGUCUGGACAUGGUGCAAUGUUUGAUCAGACAAAUUCAGAGGGAAAUACUCCAAUUCACAAUGCUGCCAUGAAUGGCCAUGGAAUGUGCUGUAAAUUCUUAGCACAAAGAGGUUGCAAUCCUAAGCCAAAAAACAACGAAGGAGAGACUGGUAGAACAUUGGCUAAAGACAGAGAUCACAAAGAGGCUACAAAAGAAUGUAGAAAAGCAGAGAAAGCCUUUGGUAAAGUUGGCAAAAACAAUGAACCAUGGGCCAUAGCUCUUUACGACUGGGUGUAUGAGAGAUCGGAAAAGAUCAUCAACAUGAUGAUGAAAUAUGACCCUGAUGAGAAGGGAACAGUGACGAAGGAUAACUUUGCUGACAGUUUGACUGGAAUGGGGGCACCUGUUGAGGAGGAAGAUAUGAAGAAAGUUCUGACAGCUCAUGACAAAAAUCAUGAUGGCAAUAUUGACUUUAAUGAAUUUGUGGGAGGCAAAAAAUAUGUGAAUAAAAACUACUUAAUGAGUGCCUUUGAGGGCAAAAAGAAAAAGAAAGGAAAGAAGGGUAAGGGAGGCAAAAAGAAGGGAAAGUUCAAGCUUGUUAUGCCAAUAUGUACUCAGGAUGAGGGACCCAGGACUUAUGGAGGAGCACCACCUGAGAUGUUCAUAGAGAGACACAUUCACUUCACAGACACAAACCGCUUUGACAGAGACAGACCGCCAGCUCAUCCUCUACAGGACGAUUCUGCCUGGUACCUGAACCACCCAGACAGAAUGUACAUGAACAUUGCUGAUGCUGCUAAAAAUGGUGACUUUGACUCUUUAAAGAAUGCCUUCCAGAGAGGUAGUACUGUGGACACCAGGGAUAAAUACUACAAGACUCCGCUGAUGGUUGCUUGUGCCACUGGCAGAAUCGAUAUGGUCAAAUUCCUUGUGGAGAAUGGAGCAAUGAUCAAUGCCAGGGACAACUUUAAAUGGACACCCCUUCACCAUGCCUGUCAUGCUGGUAUGCUGGAUGUAGUGGAAUACCUAAUAGAGCAUGGAGCUGAAAUUGAUGCCACCACAAUGAAUGGUGGUACGCCACUCACUAGAGCCAUAGAGAGUUCUAGAGAUAGUGUGGUGGAAUAUCUCAUCAGCAGGGGAUGUAAAGUACAGACAGAAAAUGCUAAGGGUCACAACCCAAUGGAUGUUGCCAUCUCCUGGGCUGACCCUAGGGUCAUAGAUAUUGUACAGUUAAAAUGGGAAAGUCUGCCAGCCAUGGGGGAUAAGAAGGGGGGUAAAGGAAAGAAAGGUGGCAAAGGAGGAGGGGGCAAGACCACUCGACCCUCAUCAGGACCAGCCCCUGAAAUGAAGGAAAAUGUUGCUCAUCAUUCUCACUCAGGACCUCUUGGAUUUGGGGAGUUUGACGAUCAACCCCCAAGGCAGAGGAAAGGCUCCAUUCUAAGGGCUGCAUCAGCUUUAGCAGGGGGCAUGGAUGAGCAGGAGGACAUUACAUACACGCCUCUGAUUCCCUGGACCAAACAGCCAACCAGUGAUGAACUCAUUAAACAGCGACAAGUCAACAGGGAACGAUACGGCUGGGAGGUGGACUUUGAGGACUUUGAAAUGCCUUUCAAUAAAAAUGUAUCUAAGAAAUGUGAAGAGAUGGGGGAUGAUGAUUAAUAAAGUGAAUUUUGAUAGAAGUUUUUGUAAUUUCAUUCACCAAGAGAAAUGCAUGAAUUACUAAAUAUACUGCUGAUCUGAUAAUUAUUUUUCAUAUUUGUGAUUUUAUUAUUCUUUAUAAUGCUUAAAUAUAUCUGCAUUUUUACAUGCAAAGUCUUUAUUUUUGUGAUAUUCCAACACUGUUUUAAUUUUUCUAUGAUUUAGUGCCAAUAUUCUGUGAUAUAUGCUACUUUGUUUCAUUGAGGCAUCUGGUUAAAGUGCCUUUAUCUUUGAAUAUUUGAAAUAUUCAUUAUGACGUGGUUGAAUUAAUUAACCUGUUCCAAAAUUCAUCAAAAUAAUUUCUUAAAGCCUUGAAGUUAUUCUUUGUAAUUUACUAAAUAAUCAUGCAUUUGAUUUUUGAAAUGUUCAUUCUUUGAGCAUGACUGUCUUUGAUGUGUCAGUUAUCUCUUUUGUUAAAUAUAAUGUUACAUGUGAGGGUAUGCAUUUUAUUUAGUUGGAUGUACUGAAGAGUCUGUGUACUUGUUAACACUUUUUAAAGUCAUUUUAUCAAAUAAAAUAUUUUUU